GUAGUUUGUAGUUUCCGUCAUUGGUUGGUAGAGUCAAGCUUGUCAUAUCCCACAUCCAGGUGACAUUGCAUUGCAGCUGACUGCCAUGGACUGGUUACCUUGUUGGGUUGACAUGGCUACGGGGAUAACCCCGAUCCUCAUUUCCCGUCUCAAUUCCCCAUCUGCAUGUCUAGCAUUAAGCUUUGCCUCCCUGUCAACACCCACCCUUGGUCCGAAGCGGUUAUUUGUAUACCCUAGAUUCCUUGACUGGUCUGCGCUUCCUGGUCAUGCUUGUGACCGCUCCCUUGUUGGUUCUGGAGAAUUGUCAUGGGGAUGCAUAAUGCAUGAGACCCGGUGACAGUAUGUGGCAGAGAUAGCUAGAUAUUCUAUC